AUGGACUCCGAGGCUGGCUCUGCUGCGGCCCUGGCUCUGCGACAGUCUUUUGGCGACCGCAAACCUAUUGACAUCAGCCGCAAAAUCACAGCGUGCGUUGCCUGCCGCAAACAAAAGAUCAAAUGCCACAUGACCAAUGGCGCCCCGCCUUGUACACGUUGUAAAAAGCGCGGCUUAUCCUGCGUCGUCAACCGAAGUCUACAAAUGCUCCUUGAAGGGGAUGUGGCGUGGAAGACGAACAUCGAGCAGAGGCUGUGUUCCCUGGAAGAAUAUAUCUCUAUCAAUCAACUGGAGCGACCCCAAUCUCCCACCAUGCCCGGCCCAAAUGCUUCUGCAUUCAGUCAUGGCCGAAGUAAUUCACCGAACCAAGAUCCAGCUCAAAGUCAUUCAUCCGCGGAAAUGGCCGUCUCGAAUGGCUCGCCAAUCAGCCUCGACCGUCAGGAGGGAAGUUCUCGAAGUCUAGUCCAGACGCCAAAUCCUCCUGGUCCACAGAAUGAACGGUGUCGCUGGGAAGUUGUGAUGGACCUCGACAAGGGCCCGGGCAUCGUUCCGGCAUCCUGCGUGUCAGAAGUAUCAGACUCAUCACUCAGUCCAACUCAUCAAAACCGGACAGUGCACUUGGACCUCAUCGAUCGUGGCAUCAUCACUCUCAAAGAGGCAGAAUCUUUUUUCGGUAUAUAUUACCGCCGUCUCGAUCACUUUAUAUACCGGAUGCUGUCCGAGCACGACUCACUUGCAAGUGUGCGGACAAGUUCUCCUCUUUUGACCGCCGCCAUCUGCACCGUCGGGGCUCUCCAUACGCCUUCGACUCAGCAUUUUCAGGCAUGCUACCAACACUUCGUCGACCUUGCCUCGGCCAGAAUGUUUGCACGGGGACAUACGCAGGAUGAUGUUCGAGCUCUGUGUAUCGGUGCCUUUUGGUUGCAUGACAUUUCGUGGACCCUUGUCGGCGCAGGCACGUCUGCUCGACUGGCAGGUGAAUUGAAUCUCCACCGAUGCAUUCCCAAAGUCCCCCAUACCAAGAAAGCUUGUCAUCUACGCACCCGUCUCUACUACCACGUCUAUGUCUGCGAUCACCAUUUCUCCGUCGCAUACGGAAGACCGCCGUUGACUCGGGAUUUCGGCUUCGUCACUGCUCCCAGCGACUUUUUGAAAUCGGAUUUCGCUACCAAAGAUGACGAGAGGCUGGUGAGCCAAGUGGAACUCUGGUCCAUCAACACCCGUGUUUUCGAUCACUUCAGCUUGGAUCCCGAUUGCCAUCUGUCGGUUCAAUCGGUCCCUCAACUCCGUCGACUCAGCAUCGCCUUGGACACCUGGCGCGCGGACUGGAAUGAACGAUUGCCUACGAACGAAUAUGUGAGCAACUACCCUCGCAAAGGAGUCGGCCUACACUACCAUUUUUCUAAACUGUUUCUUUGCUCCCACGUGUUUAGAAGGGCGCCUGCCCUAGAAGGCGACCUCUCGCACCUGGAGCCCGACCUAGAAGAGAUCGCCACCGGGGCCCUUCAUGCGGCCACCUCGAUCCUGCAAGUGACGGUGGCAGACCAGGAAAUCCAGUCCCACUUACAUGGGCUCCCGGCAUACUUCGAGACCAUGAUCGCAUUUGCCUUUGUCUUCCUAUUGAAAGUCACGAUCAAGAGUCCGGCCAAUCUGCGGAUCGACAAGACCGGCAUCUCUGAGACGUUGGGUAACCUAGUCACAGUGUUGGAGGGCAUAACAGCCAACAUGCAUCCUCGGCACCUAUUGACUUCCAUUGCAAGCAGUAUGCGAAAGUUGCUCGUGCGCUGUUGGCCCACCGGGGCACCGGAAGCAGAGACACGGACGCAGCCGGCGGCUUCGUCUGGACCAGCCACCUUCGAGGCCGACAACCUGUGGCUCAGCCGAACAGAUGCCAUGUUCCUGGAGCAUUACGAUUUCUUGUAUUCGCCGGGCGCGGAUUUCAAUUUCGACAUUGAUUUGGACUCGAUGCAGUACAACGGGCGAGACAGCUGUUGA